CAUAAUUUGGGUUCAAACGGGUAACCACGCAAAGUCCAAUCCGCAACCGCAACACUUUUAUUUCCAUUUUGUAUUUUUUCUCGAAAAAGUAUCCAUUUUUUCUAUAUAUAUAGUAACGUUAACACUUUCACUCUCUCAUACACACACAAAACACACACUUUCCUCUUGUUUUCUCUAAUCUCUCUCUCAACAAUGGCUGCUACAUCAUCCAAACCAGUCCCUCUUUUGAAAGAUGAACUUGACAUCGUUAUCCCUACGAUCCGUAACCUUGAUUUCUUAGAGAUGUGGAGACCCUUUUUUGAACAGUAUCAUCUCAUCAUUGUUCAAGAUGGUGACCCUACAAAAGUUAUCAAGGUUCCUGAGGGUUUUGAUUAUGAACUUUAUAAUCGUAAUGAUAUUAAUAGGAUCUUGGGUCCUAAAGCUUCUUGUAUCUCUUUCAAGGAUUCUGCUUGUCGUUGCUUUGGUUAUAUGGUUUCUAAGAAGAAAUAUAUUUACACCAUCGAUGAUGAUUGCUUUGUUGCCAAAGACCCAACUGGCCAUGAUAUCAAUGCGCUUGAGCAGCACAUUAAGAAUCUCCUAAGUCCGUCCACUCCAUUUUUCUUCAACACCCUUUAUGAUCCUUACAGAGACGGUGCUGAUUUCGUCCGUGGAUACCCUUUCAGUCUUCGUGAAGGUGUCCCCACCGCUGUUUCUCACGGCCUUUGGCUCAACAUACCUGAUUAUGAUGCUCCAACACAGCUUGUCAAGCCCCAUGAGAGGAACACUAGGUUUGUUGAUGCUGUUUUGACCAUUCCCAAGGGAUCACUUUUCCCUAUGUGCGGUAUGAACUUGGCUUUCAACCGUGAACUGAUUGGGCCUGCAAUGUACUUUGGACUCAUGGGUGAUGGUCAGCCUAUUGGACGUUACGACGAUAUGUGGGCUGGCUGGUGCAUUAAGGUUAUCUGUGACCAUUUGGGACUUGGAGUGAAAACUGGACUUCCAUACAUAUGGCACAGCAAAGCAAGUAACCCAUUUGUGAAUCUGAAAAAGGAGUACAAAGGUAUCUUCUGGCAAGAAGAGAUCAUUCCAUUUUUCCAAGCCGCGACUCUUUCGAAAGAUGCCACCUCUGUUCAGAAAUGCUACAUUGAACUUUCCAAGCAAGUCAAGGAGAAACUUGGAGUUGUUGAUCCUUACUUUGUCAAACUAGCUGAUGCCAUGGUCACAUGGAUUGAAGCUUGGGAUGAGAUUAACAACUCAGCUGAAGAGAAGACAACUGAAAACAAAACUGCUGUGGCUGCUGCCAAGUGAAAUAACUUGUUAUAGUUUAUGAGAUGAGAGUAGUUUUCAAACAGUUUUCAUUUAUCAUCUUCAUCAUAUUUGUUAGCAUUAUUAUAUUAUUAUGAUUCUUGUUGAUUUUGCUAGAUUCCAGAACAAUUUAUUGAUAUUGAUGUCAUUAUUAAUAUUUAUAUUAUUAUUAUUAUUAUUAUUAUUAU